AUGAGCGCCACGCCGGGGAUCCUGGCUGUCUUGCUGCUCAUAAUGAAACCGGGAGUCGCACAAGUGAGAGACGACGAUGAUUUCCUCAGUCUGGGAGAGUUGCCGGAAACCUUCCCCUCUGACCCUCCAGAGCCUUUGCCUCACUUCUUGUUUGAACCUGAGGAGGGCUACAUUGUCAAGAACAAGCCUGUAAAUCUCUAUUGCAAAGCCACACCUGCCACACAGAUUUACUUCAAGUGCAACAGCGAGUGGGUCCACCAGAAGGAUCACACAGUGGAGGAGAGAGUAGACGAGAACUCGGGUCUGGUUGUGAGAGAGGCCAGUAUAGAGAUUACUCGGCAGCAAGUGGAGGAGUUGUUUGGUCCAGAAGAUUAUUGGUGUCAGUGUGUGGCCUGGAGCUCCGCUGGAACCACUAAGAGCCGCAAGGCCCACGUCCGCAUUGCAUACUUGAAGAAGUCAUUUGAACAGGAACCACUGGGGAAGGAAGUGUCUCUGGAACAGGAAGUGUUGUUACAGUGUCGUCCUCCAGAGGGCAUACCAGCUGCUGAGGUUGAGUGGUUGAAAAACGAAGAGAUAAUUGAUCCAGCAGAGGACAGAAAUUUCUAUAUCACCAUUGACCACAACCUGAUCAUCAAACAGGCACGUUUGUCUGACACCGCAAACUACACAUGCGUGGCUAAGAAUAUAGUGGCCAAGAGACGUAGCACUACGGCCACUGUUAUUGUUUACGUAAACGGAGGAUGGUCGACAUGGACAGAAUGGUCGGUGUGUAACAGCCGGUGUGGGCGGGGCUUCCAGAAGCGGACACGCAGCUGCACCAAUCCUGCCCCACUGAAUGGAGGACUGCCAUGUGAUGGACAGGCCAUACAGAAACUAGCUUGCACUACACUGUGCACCGUGGACGGCUUGUGGACAGAGUGGAGUAAGUGGUCGGCCUGUGGGACGGAGUGCACACAGUGGAGGAGGCGGGAGUGUAACAACCCAGCACCGAAAAAUGGAGGAAAGGACUGUGAGGGUCUGGUGCUCCAGUCUCAGAACUGCACAGAUGGACUCUGUAUGCAAAGUUCAUUUUUUCAGAAGUCCACUGAGCCCAAAGAAAAGAGUGAUUUGGGAUUCACAUCUGCCCCCACUACGGAUGACGUGGCGCUGUAUGUGGGCAUCGUUAUUGCUGUCAUUAUGUGCCUGGUCAUCUCCGUCAUCGUGGCCCUCUUUGUCUACCGCAAGACACACCGUGACUUUGACUCGGACAUCAUUGACACCUCAGCGCUCAACGGAGGGUUUCAGUCCGUUAAUAUCAAAACAGCCAGAUCAGCGGAUCUUCUGACAGCUCCUCCUGACUUAACCAAUGCAGCCGCCAUGUAUCGCGGUCCUGUGUACGCCCUCCAUGACGUAUCAGACAAGAUCCCCAUGACCAACUCUCCUCUCCUGGACCCUCUGCCCAACUUAAAGAUCAAAGUCUACAACUCCUCUGGUCUGGUCACUCCGCAGGACGAUCUAGGAGGGGACUUCUCAUCUAAGCUGUCUCCCAAGGUAACUCAGUCCCUGUUGGAUAAUAGUGAUACAAUGAACCUCCGCAACCAGAGCUUGGCCCGAACACGAGACCCUUCCUGUACGGCACACGGAUCCUUCAACAACCAAGGAGGACACCUCAUUGUCCCUAACUCAGGUGUGAGCUUACUGGUACCAGCAGGAGCAGUUCCUCAGGGUAGAGUUUAUGAAAUGUAUGUGACCGUGCACAGAAAGGACAGCUUAAGACCCCCGGUAGAGGACAUCCAGACAGUGUUGAGUCCAGUGGUGAGUUGUGGACCACCAGGAGCCCUGCUGACCAGACCAGUCAUCCUCACCAUCCACCACUGUGCUGACAACAGCCAGGAAGAAUGGCUCAUACAGCUGAAAAACCAGUUGGCCAUGGGAGAGUGGGAGGAUGUGGUGGUAGUGGGAGAGGAGAACUUCACCACCCCAUGUUAUGUGCAAAUGGACUCGGAGGCAUGCCAUAUUCUGACGGAAACACUGGGGACCUACUGCCUCGUGGGCCAGUCAGUCAGCAAGGCAGCCGCCAGGAGACUCAAACUGGCUGUAUUUGGACCCGUGUCCUGUACAACAAUGGACUAUCACAUCAGGGUGUACUGUUUGGACGAUACGCAAGAUGCACUUAAGGAGGUUCUUCAGAUGGAGACUCAGAUGGGGGGGAAGCUUCUGGAUGAGCCAAAGACUCUGAACUUCAAAGACAGCACACACAACCUGAGACUGUCCAUCCAUGACGUACCACACACACACUGGAAGAGCAAGCUCAUUGCUAAGUAUCAGGAGAUCCCGUUCUACCAGGUAUGGAGCGGCAGCCAGCGAACUCUCCACUGCACUUUCACACUGGAGAGACUGAGCUCAGCCACCACAGAGAUCAGCUGUAAGCUGUGUGUACGGCAGGUGGAGGGGGAGGGACAGAUCUUUCAGCUCAGCAACACAUUGGAGGAGGAUGUCCAGUGCAUAGACACAUCACUGAUGGACCCGGCUAGUAGUAUCACUACCUUGGUUGGGCCAAAUGCCUUUCGCAUCCCCCUGUCUAUCAGACAGAAGCUGUGCGGCAGCCUAGAUGCACCGCAGAUCAGAGGAAAUGACUGGAGGAUGCUGGCUCACAAACUCAAUCUUGACAGGUACCUAAACUACUUUGCUACCAAGUCCAGCCCAACAGGUGUGAUCCUGGAUCUUUGGGAGGCCCAGCACUUUCCUGAUGGCGACCUCAAUGAGUUGGCCGCUGUCCUAGAAGAGAUGGGUCGCCAUGACAGCAGUCUCACCUCCAUGACGAUGGAGCACUGA